AUGCCACCUAACUUCUUCCUGAAGCAGUCGAAAAACAAGAUGCAGGCCUGGGUUACCAGCAGCGGGGUUGCGAACGGCCAAGGGGCUCCCGCCAUCCCGGGUUCAGGGCCGGCAUAUGAUAGCUCGAACCAUUUCCAGAAGCGCCACGUUUAUCUACCGCAACCAGCGCCUCCAACGGUCCAAGCCGCCCAGGUACCGCAACUGAUGCAAACAUCGCAAACAUCUCAGAAAUCCCCCCCGCGAUCCCGCGCACCUAUCAUCAACGCGAACGCUGGCCGGGCGGCCGCGGUUACAGCAGCGCGCAUACCUCUCCCUAGCAGCCGGACUGGUCACACCCGAGAUGCGUCAGCCAACAUGCCACGAACAAGGUCGAUGGCCUCGGAACCCGUCCAGUCUCCCCAGAGGCCAGUGCCGUUCUGGGAGGGUUCGACCGCGGAGGGCUCCAUGUUUAGCGAUUCCGCUAGCAACGCUGACGCGAGCACGGCAGUCACCUCGAUGUAUCGGAUGCCGUUUCGGGCGCCCUCUUACCAAAGAGGAAGCACCCCACACCCUGGCCCUAUCGCGAAGAAGGGCGUUAAUGCUCCAGACCAGCAUCCCCCAUUUAUCAUUGGCCCGACUGGUAUCAUAGACGUGGUGGGAGCUCCGCUGACCAGAAGUGCGUCAACCCCCGACGCCAGGAAACACCACCGCGGUCGCCUGAAGGGAACGUCUUCCCCGGAACCUGACGACUCAGAGGACAGCCCGUAUCAGACGAGCCCAGAAAGGACACCCUCUGCGAAGCGACUCCACCAUCCCAAACCAUUGGCUUUGCUUGCCGGUCGUCGAGGUUCCUUCUCCGAAAGAGCUGCUUAUUCUCAAGGAGACAACGUCAUAUCCCCACCCCCCAACCGAGCGCCACAGGGCCCCAGCAACGAUGCAGAUGAAGUGCGAUCCGAACAUUCCGUACACCUGAAAACCAAGACGCAGGAGCCCCACAGGUCGACCAUUUUUGCUGAUACCGACACUCCUAUGGUUAGCCAGCGCGACGAGUCGGAGACCGAGAGCGUCGAUCCGCAGCCUACCCCCAAGCCGGUUGCCAAGCCCAAGCCUCAGGUCAGUCGGCAACUCUUUGCUAAGGGCAGCAGGGCCCGACUGGGCGGGCUAGGCGGCCUUCAUGAGAGCCCGAUGCCUCGUCCAUCAGCAGAGAGACGUAGCUCAAACCCUAAAAGGCGCCAUUACGAGCUAGACUACGACGACGGCGCAUUGGCAUCGAUGGACUAUGCUGAAUUGAGGAGAGAGGUGUUCGACUUCGACCCAGCUCAAGCAGAAGCGCAAUCAGCAAUUGGCCCCCCUCGAGGCACGUUACCGGAAAAACUCCGUCAUUUCAUAGAUAAGGACCAAGCGAGCCAGAUGGAAUUCUUUACCAAGAUGCCUGUAAACGACUGGGAGUCCUCAGGCGAUUGGUUUCUAGAAAGGUUCGGUGAGAUCGUGCAACGAUUCAAAGACGCCCGCCAGGCGAAACGCUCCAUGGUGGCGAGGUUCGAACAUGAGAUCGCGGAGCGGGGCGAGGCCGUGAGGAAUAAGAUACAGGGAAUCGAUCACACCCUUUCCGAAUUGAAAAGCGAGGGCGAGGGUAUGAUGUCGGGCAAGGAGUUCGAUUGA